UUAAAGCGUGUUUUUGUGUUUUCAUCGUUGAAGUCACCGUAAUUGCUAAUACAACUUGACGUUAUUAUUUGCCGUAAAAUGUGAUCAAUAAACAGGUUUCUAUGAAAGACAAUAAAAAGACGUGGUUAGACCGCAAAAUCGAGCAGCUCUAGUCAUUCAUAAAUAUAAUAGGGAAAGGGGCGGCGGCAAUGAUAACAACAAAAUAUUUUUUCCUGUUAAUAUUGAUCGCUGCCGGACUCGUGUUUAUUGUUUUAUUCCAUUGGUUUGCGUCAAAUUAUGGACCGGAAGAACGAAAAGUCCACUAUGAUUCCGCAGUCAAUACAGAAAAGCUUCUACAAACUAAUCUGCGUCACUGGCAGACGAUGAGCAACUUUGAAAAUCCUGCUUUACAAACGGUGAAUUUCGAUGAGCAGUUGGUUAUCAUAUAUAAUCGCGUUCCGAAGACCGGUAGCACCAGUUUCGUGAAUCUCACAUACGAUCUCUGCCGAAAGAAUGCAUUCCACGUGCUGCAUAUUAACAUCACUGCCAACAUGCACGUAAUGUCUCUGCCGAAUCAAAUUCGAUUCGUGCGAAACGUUACGGCGUGGAUGGCCAUGAAACCAGCAUUCUACCAUGGUCAUUUGGCUUAUCUUGAUUUUUCCAAGAUGGGCGUUCCUGCAACUAAACCUCUGUACAUUAACCUUGUUCGAAAACCACUCGAUCGGUUGGUUUCCUAUUACUACUUCCUGCGCUACGGAGACGACUAUCGGCCUCAUCUGGUGCGCCAUCGUGCAGGCGAUACUAUGUCCUUUGAUGAAUGUGUAACCCGGCAGAAGCCGGACUGCGAUCCGGUUAAUAUGUGGCUCCAAAUACCGUUCUUUUGUGGUCAUGCAGCAGAAUGCUGGAAACCAGGAAGUACCUGGGCGCUACAGGAGGCUAAGAGAAAUUUAGUGAAUCAAUAUUUCCUUGUCGGUGUUACCGAGGAAAUGGAUGAGUUUGUGGAGCUACUGGAGCUAUCUUUGCCACGAUUUUUCAGAGGUGCUUCGGAUCAUUUCCUUAAGUCAAAUAAAUCGCACUUACGAAAAACUAAAUCGAAGAUCGAUCCCCUACCGGAAACUGUUUCCAAAAUUCAGCAAUCUAACAUCUGGCAGAUGGAAAACGAGCUGUACGAAUUUGCGCUGGAACAGUUCCAUUUCGCUCAAAAGAAGCUGCACACCCCAGGUAAGAGUGUCAUGCAGGACUUUUUCUACGAGAAGAUUAAACCAAAUCAAAACGUGGCUGUCAAAAAUUAGUCUGCUUUUUAAACGAAUGAAAAGGUGGGAUUAGAGAAACUUUACCGACAGUCACCGUGUAUGCGCGGAUAAAGUACCACAAGGAUAUUGAAAGUGAGUUUAUAAUCUAACGAUGUUGAUUAAUUGUAAUCUUUUUUAAACAAACAAAGGUAGCUUGCUGUGCGCUACGCACGUAGAUUUCCAAAAAAAAAAAUCUGAAUGGAGGUAAAAGUGAAUGUGAUUGAUAUUAGCAUAAUUAGACGCUGUGUUAAGUAAGUUAACAAAAAUCCAACAAAAAAAAGCAGAAGACGUUUGGUAUUUAACGAAUUAGUACAUUUCGUUUACCUCAAAUAGAUCAGCAUUGCGUUCAUUCCACUUCCCGUUGAUUGGAUCGUUAUUUGAAAAUUUUCCAUUAGUAUCAAGUAUCGAUUCUAGCUAAGACAUGUAGACGCUAAAAAUUUAAUAAAAGACAUUUUUAU